UCCUGGUCAGUCAGGGGCUCUGCUGCAAAAUGUCAUUCACUGACGGACUGGCCAUCAUUGGGGGAUUUAUUAUUGUUUUCCACCUGCUGAAACUGGCUUGGAGGUGUUGGUGUGGAUUCAGAGAGUUUGUUUUAUCAGAGUUUUGGCAAGUGAAUUUAAGGACAUAUGGACAAUGGGCAGUUGUCACUGGUGCCACAUCUGGCAUUGGUAAAGCUUAUGCCAUAGAGCUGGCACGAAGAGGCCUGGAUGUUGUUUUGGUAAGCAGAUCUGAUGACAAGCUUCAAAUGGUUGCCAAAGAGAUAGAGGAUCAGUAUGGACGAAGGACUCGCACCAUCCAAGUGGACUUCACAGACGGCCACUGUAUCUACCCUGUCAUAGCUGAGGGACUAAAGGGCCUGGAGAUUGGAAUUCUGGUUAAUAAUGUGGGGAUGACCUAUUCUGAACAUUUCGCCUAUUUCCUGGAAAUACCAGAUCCUGAACAGAAAAUCACUCAGGUUAUCAACUGUAACGUGCUGUCUGUCCCUCAGUUUACAAGAUUGGUUCUUCCAGGCAUGGUUGAAAGAGGGACAGGACUGAUCAUCAAUAUCUCCUCUGUAGUGGGAAACCGUCCACAGCCUUUGUUCUCCCUUUAUUCUGCCACAAAGAUUUUUAUAACAUAUUUCUCUCAGUGUCUGCAUGCUGAGUACAAGUCAAAGGGAAUUACUGUUCAGUGUGUGGCCCCCCUCAUGGUGUCAACCAACAUGACAUUCAACAUGGCCGUCAACUGCUUCGUGAAGAGUGCUUCAGGGUUCGCCCAUGGUGCUUUGAACACUGUGGGUCACUCCAGCUACACCGCCGGCUGUCUGUCCCACACACUCCAGAACUUUGCUCUCAAAAUACUCCUGCCGGACUGGCUUCGUAUGUCAUCAUUCUUCAUCACAAAGCUACGAAACAUCGCUAAAAGGAGCAAUUAUAAAAGAAGAGUGUGCAAGGAAAAAGAGUGGUUCAGUGAGAAGGAAGAGUAAGCACUGGAUUACUGACAUGAAGCUACACAUGGAGCCAAAACGUGUUUAUACAUUGAUUUGUCGAAAUUGUAUUAGCAAAAAUUCAGAGACUUUAAACUGUUUAAGCUACAUAUGAGCCUUGUAGAUUAUCUUCACUAUAGGUCCCUUACAAACAUCUCUAAAAUGUGUGUAAUAUUUAUUUUCAAUUAUUGCAUUAAGUUUAUUUUUAAUCAAUGGAGCGAACAUGUUCAACAGCCUUA